AUGCCUUCCUACACCUCCAAGACUCUCCUUUCCGCUCUGGCGGCGGCCGCCUCAGUGUCGGCCCACGGCCACGUUAGGAACAUCGUGAUUAACGGUGUCUCGUAUCAGAACUACGAUCCGACCAGCUUCCCUUACAUGCAGAACCCGCCCACUGUUGUUGGCUGGGCUGCCGGCAACACCGACAAUGGCUUUGUUGCCCCUGAUGCCUUUGCCAGUGGCGACAUCAUUUGCCACAAGUCGGCCAAAAAUGCUGGCGGCCACGCUGUCGUUGCGGCUGGUGACAAGAUCUUCAUCCAGUGGGACACCUGGCCUGAAUCCCAUCACGGACCUGUUCUCGACUACCUUGCCAGCUGUGGGGACGCUGGCUGCGAGAGCGUUGACAAGACCACCCUCGAGUUCUUCAAGAUCUCCGAGGUUGGUCUGGUUGACGGCACCAGUGCCCCUGGCGUCUGGGGCUCGGACCAGCUGAUUGCCAACAACAACUCGUGGAUGGUCCAGAUUCCGUCCAACAUUUCCCCUGGCAACUACGUCCUUCGCCACGAGAUCAUCGCCCUGCACAGCGCCGGCCAGGCCAAUGGUGCGCAGAACUACCCGCAGUGCUUCAACCUGCAAAUAACUGGCUCGGGCACCGCCAAACCCGCCGGCACCCUUGGCACUGCCCUCUACAAGGCCGACGACGCCGGAAUUCUGGCCAACAUCUACACCUCACCCGUCACCUACGAGAUCCCCGGUCCUGCCCUGAUCGAAGGCGCGGCUAGCAUCGAGCAGACCUCGUCCGCCAUCACCGCCUCAGGCACUGCCGUCACUGGCUCCGCCACUGCUGUCCCUGUCGCCACCACAACCACGGCCAUCAACGGCGGCGCCACUGAGGUCCCCGCCUCGCCCACGACCACCGCCGCCGCCGAAACUUCGACCGCUGCGUCUUCCUCGGCGGCUGAUGUCGGCGCUACCCCGACCAGCACCGCCACCGCCGGUGCUACCGCCGCGCCGGUCCCCACUCGCUGCCCUGGUCUCAAGAAGAAGCGCAGCAGCCGCCGCCACGCCCGCGAUGUGCGCCGCCACUAA